GUUGUACUUGAGAAAAGUGAGAAAGCCUUAAACAAAAAUUCUUCUUGUACACGCAAUUUUUUGUACACAAAUAAAAAAUAGUUGCUCGCAUACAUUUGUAAGAAGAGAUGUACAAAAAAGUGUGUACAAAUACUUUUUUCAAGCUUAAACACACAUAAAAAAUCUGACGAAAUAUGGGGAUGCAAAUAUGAUUAUUAACACUACAAAAGGUAGACAAGAAACAAGUAGGCUUGCAUUAAGGGCUAUUGGAAAAUUUUAAGGCCCAACCCAGAAGUCCAAAAAUCCAAAUAUGAUCUUUUCUGACACACAAAAAGGGGGGAAAGAUCCGGAUCCCCAAUACCAACAAUUCCCAAGAAAAAUGUGGGCCCUUGUGGUCCAUUUGGCCACACCCGAUCCAUAAAUGCGCCUCUUCGCCACCGAACAUUAAUCGUAUCAUGAAUCUAACGGCCCUCCUUCCUCCGUUACAUCUGAGACUCUAACAAACAAACAAAAAAAUGUUAACGUAUGCACUCCCCGUUUCUCCGUCACUCACUCCGUCACCCUUCUCUUCACGGCGUCAGUCACUGUCUGGAACUCAGACACUUCAUUUCAUCCAUCCUUCUGCUUCAGCUGCUUCUGCUGUAUAUACAAAAAUGUCUGUAUGUAUAUACAAAAAUCAAGCUCACAAUCUACAUUUGAGCUGAAACUCGUCACGGCAAUGAUAUGAACGGUUGCCUGAAGAAGCUAUCGGCCGGCCAGCUUUAGACUCCACCGUCUUCUUCCUCUUCUUCAUCCUUCUUCAGUAUUUGAGAGUGUAUUAUCAGUGAAAAUGGGGGUUAACAACAUGUUUGGUCUUUCAAGAAGGCGGACAAAGCUCGGGAGAUUGAAAGUUCAACUAUCAGAUGCUGCUCAGGGAACUAAAAGCCCCAUCAGGAACCCUAAACGUCUUAGCAGCCCAAGGGGUGAAGCUGUGGGAAACAGCAUAAAUGAAUCCGAUGAUAGUGGCUGCCACCAUUUCACUGGUGUAUCAGAGUUUAAUGAUGGCGCUUCAGGGAGCUCUGAGAAUUGGAUGGUCCUUUCUAUCUCUGGAGAGAAGCCUAUACCUCGGUUCAAUCACAGUGCAGCUGUUAUUGGGAACAAAAUGGUAGUAGUUGGUGGUGAAUCUGGGAGUGGACUAUUAGAAGAUGUGCAGGUGUUAAACUUUGAUAGAUUCUCCUGGACCACAAUGUCAUCAAAGCUUUUUCUUUCACCAACCAAUCUCCCGCUGAAAAUCCCGGCAUGCAAGGGCCAUUCUCUUGUAUAUAUCUGUAUCCUCAGACAUCCCUAGAUAUAUACUAAUGUACUUGUGCACCAAGCAAGACAUAAUUUAUGUUGUGUUCUUAACAAACAAUUUGUUCAAUAAAAUGUACUUCAUUUCUCAGGUUCCCUGGGGAAGAAAGUGCUUCUGGUUGGAGGGAAAACUGACCCUGCAUGUGACAAAGUUUCAGUGUGGGCAUUUGACACUGAAACUGAAUGCUGGUCACUUAUGGAAUCUAAGGGUGAUGUGCCGGUCUAGGCAUCAUACUUGGAUUGGUUGGGAGGAAAGCUUCUUGUUCUGAAUUUGUAAAAUCAAAGUUUUGAUCAAAUCACACAUCACAAUAUUCACAGCCAUCUAACUCUUUAAGAGGUACAUCUAAAAUAUUCUCAAUAUAACUAGGAAGUCAUUUUAAAUACCAUUAGUGGGUUAGUCGGUAUGCAAGUUGAUAUAGCGCAGUUG